GUCCGUGCGCGGAGGGGCUGCGGUCUGUGGGUCCCCAGGGCCUCCUUUCUCCUCGGAGGGGACCCGUUUUCUCCUGAGUUUCCUAAAGGUUUGGGGAGCAGGGUCUCCAAUCCACGACCCUGUCCCCCCAGCUCUUCCAGGACCGACAGUAAAUCCCUCAAUUUCCAGAUCCCUCCUCGCGUUCCCGAACGCCAACUUCCGGUCCCCGAUUCACAGCAUCAUUAUCAACCACAAACAGACCCGAUAUUUUAGUUGUUUAUCACUUUUCCGUAGUCAGUGGGCGGCUCUUUUAAGAGGGUUUAUUCCUCGUUCGUGGAUGUUUUUCUUGAGAGAAAGUAGCGCAUCCCCCCGUUGGGCGCGUGGUGCGAGCUCCUCCCGCCUCUCCUGCAGGCUGCGACCUGGGCGCGGACGCGCAGCUGGCAGUCCUUUGCUGCAGGUUCCUCUUGAGAAACUUUUCCGGGCCAUCUGUCCUGUCAGCGCUGCCCCUCCCUGGGGUUGUCACCUUGAAAAGGAUUCAGUGACCUUUGAGGAUGUGAGUGUAAAGUUCACCAUGGAAGAGUGGGCUCUGCUGGGUCCAUCCCAGAAGAAACUCUACAGAGAUGUGAUGAAGGAAACCUUCAGGAAUCUGGCCUCAAUAGGAGGAAAAUGGGAAGACCAUAACAUUGAAGAUCACUAUGAAAAUCACAGGACAGAUCUAAGCAGUCAUAUGCUUGAGAGACUUGUUAAGAGUAAAGAAGGUAGUCAGUAUGGGGAAACCUUCAGCCAGAUUCCAAUUCAUAAUCAGACAAAGAAAACUCCCAUUGGAAUAAAGCUUUGUAAAUGCAGUUUUUGUGGAGAAGUCUUCAUGGAUCAUUCAUCCUUUAGUAGGCACCUUAGAUCUCACACUACAUCCAAAUCAUACAUGUAUCAGGAAUGUGAAGAGAAGCCAUAUAAAUGUCGGGAAUGUGGGAAGGCCUUGAAGUAUCGCCGAUCCAUUCGAAGGCAUGAAAGGAUUCACACUGGAGAGAAACCCUAUAGAUGUAAGUACUGUGGUAAAGCCCUGAGUUGUUUCAGUUCCUGUCGACUUCAUGAAAAAUCUCACACAGGAGAGAAACCGUAUGAAUGUAAGCAAUGUGGUAAAGCUUUCAGUUGCCCCACUUACUUUAGAAAACAUGAAAGAAUUCAUACUGGAGAGAAACCAUAUAAAUGUAAGCAAUGUGAUAAAGCCUUCAGUUGUCUCACAUCUUUUCGAAGUCAUGAAAGGGGACACAGUGGAGAAAAGCCUUAUGAAUGUAUGAAAUGUGGUAAAGCCUUCGGUUGUCCAAAUAACUUUCAAAAACAUAAAAGAGUUCAUACUGGAGAGAAACCCUAUAAAUGUAAGCAAUGUGGUAAAGCCUUCCUUUGGCCAAGUUAUGUUCGAAAACAUGAAAGAGUUCAUAAUGGAGAGAAACCCUAUAAAUGUAGGCCAUGUGGUAAAGCAUUUAGUUGUCGCAAAUCCGUUCAAAUUCAUGAAAGGAGACACAGUGGAGAAAAGCCUUAUGAAUGUAAAAAAUGUGGAAAAUCCCUCAGUUCUCUCACCAGCCUUGAAAGACAUGUGAUGAAGCACACUGAAGAUGGACCUUAUAAAUGUAAGGACUGUGGGAAAGUCUUUAAUUGCCCCAAUUACUUACAAUGUCAUGAAAGCACACACAGUGGAGAAAAGCCCUAUGAAUGUAAGGGAUGUGGUAAAGCCUUCAGUACUCCCAGGUCCCUUGAAAAUCAUGAAAGAAUUCAUACUAGGAAAAAACCUCAUAAAUGUAAGGAAUGUGGCAAAGCCUUCAGUUUUCCCUGUUCCCUUCAAAAACAUGAAAGAAGUCAUACUGGGGAAAAGCCGUAUGAAUGUAAGCAAUGUGGUAAAACCUUUGCCUAUCUCAGUUCCAUUCAGAAACAUGAAAGAACUCAUAGUGGAGAGAAACCCUAUGAAUGUAAGGAAUGUGGGAAAGCCUUCGUUUAUCUCUCAUAUGUUCAAAGACACAUGAUAACGCACACUGGAGAUGGACCUUAUAAAUGUAAGGAAUGUGGGAAAGCCUUUGAUUGUCCCAGUUCAUUACGAAAACAUGAAAGAAGUCAUACUGGAGAGAAACCCUAUCAGUGUAGAAGCUGUGGUAAAGCCUUCACUCGUCCCAGUUCUUUACAAAAUCAUGAAAGAACUCAUACCUGAAAGUCUAUGAACAUAAGGAAUGGGGGAAAGCCUUCUUUGUUGCACAAACUUUCAUGGACACAUGAAACGUAAGUAUGCACACUGGAGAGAAACUAUAAAUGUAAAGAAUGUGGGAAGGCCUUCAGCUGUCUCAUUUCUUUGGGAACCAUGAAAAGACUCAUAGUAGAAUUCUCCUGAAUGUAAACAAUGUAGGAAAACUUUCACUUGCCCCACAAAACCAUGCAAGAAUGUGCAGUGGAUACAUACUAUAUGACUAAAAAAUAGAGAAACUUUGUAAUUUCAGCAAGUACUUUUUGAGUAGUAUUGAAAACUGUACUGGCAAGAAAUCAUAUUAAUAUAAGUAAAGGCAUACCUUGUUUUAUUGCACUUCACUUUAUUGCGCUUUUGAGGUACUUUUUUUUUUUUUUUUUACAAAUUGCAGAUUUUGGCAGCCCCACAUUGAGCAAAUAAAUCAGUGUCACUUAUCCAACAGCAUUUGCUCACUUUGUGUCUCAGUGUCACGUUUGGGGAAUUCUCGGACUUUUUCAUUAUUAGUCUAUUAUGGUAAUCUGUGGUCAGUGAUCUUUGAUGUUACCAUUGUAAUUGUUUGUGUGAUUGGGGCCCCACACACCAUGCCAGUAUAAGAUAGCAAGCUUAAUCAAUAGCAUGUGAUCUGACUGCUCCACUGACUGGCCAUUCCCCCAUCUCUCUCUCCGUCUCCUAGGGCCUCUCUAUUCCCUGAGACACCAUAGUGAAAUUAGGCCAAUUAAUAACCGUACAGUGGCGUAAGGGUUUAAGUAAAAGGCAGAGUCACAAUUCUCUCACUUUAAGUCAAGUUAGAAAUGAUUAAGUUUAGUGAGGUAGGCACGUUGAAAACCAAAACAGGCUGAAACUUAGCCCUCUUGUGCCAGUUAGUCAAGUUGUGAAUGCAAAGGAAAAGUUCUUGAAACUAGAAGUGCUGCUGUAGUGAACACAUGAAUGAUAAAGUGAACUGGCCUUAUUGCUGAUACGGGGAAGGUUUUAGUGGUCUGGAUAGAAGAUCAAACCAGUCACAAUAUUCCCUUAAGCCAAAGCCUAAUCCAGAGCAAGACCCUAUUUUAAGCCCACUGUUGAGAGCUACUACUCAGAAAAAGAUUCCUUUCAAAAUAUUACUGCUCAUUGAUAGUGCACCUUGUCACCCAGGAGCUCUGGUGGAGAUGUACAAUGAGAUUACUGUUGUCUGCUCAGGCAGCCUCCAUUCUGCAGCCCGUGGAUCAUGGAGAAAUUUUGACUUUCAAGUCUUACUAUUUAAGAAAGACAUUUUGUAAGGCUGUAUCUGCCAUAGAUAGUGAUUCUUCUGAUGGAUCUGGGCAAAGUUAAUUGAAAUCCUUGCCUUCUGGAAAGGGUUCACAAUGAUAUAUGACUACGAACAUUUAUGAUUCCUGGGAAGAGGUCAAAAUAUGAAGAGUAACAUGAGUUUGGAAGAAGUUGAUUCCAACCCUCGUUCAGAGGUUCGAGAUUUCAACAGAGGAAGUAACUGCAGGUGUGAUGGAAAUAGCAAGACAACUAGAAGUAGAAAUGGUGCCUGAAGAUGUGCCUGAGUUGGUGCAGUCUCAUGAACAAACUUUAACAAAUGAGGAAUUGCUUCUUAUGGAUGACCCGAGAAAGUGGUUUCUUGAGAUGGAAUCUACUCCUGGUGAAGAUGCUGUGAAGAUUGUUGAAAUUAUGAGAAAGGAUUUAGAAUAUGACAUAAACUUAGUUGAUGAAGCAGUGGCAGAGUUUGAGAGAACUAACUGGAAUUUUGAAGGAAGUUCUGUGGGUGAAAUGUUAUCAAACAGCAUUACAUGCUGCAGAGAAAUCAUUCAUGAAAGGGAGAGCCCAUCAAUGUGGGAGACUUCAUUGUUGUGUUAAUUUAAGACAUUUCUGUGGCCAUCCCAGGCUUCAGUGACCAUCACCCUGAUUAGUCAGCAUUGAGGCAAGACCCUCCACCAGCAAAAAGAUUACGAUUCACUUAAGGCUGAGGUGAUGGUUAGCAUUUCUUAGCAAUAAAGUAUUUUUAAUAAAAUUUUAGGUAUGUGCAUUGAUUUUUUUAAUACAUAGCGCUGUUGCACACUUAAUAGACUAUAGCGUAAACAUUUAUAUGCACUUGGAAACCACAGAAUUCGUGUGACUCAUUUUAUUAUGUUUGCUUUAUUGUGGUGGUCUGACACUGAGCCCACAAUAUGUGACGGUAUGCCUGUGAUACGGGUAAGCCUGGUGCAAAUUAAUUCAUGUAGAGUACUCUCAAAACUUCACAACAUGGAAGAAGUGUUAUAAUUAUUCUAAUAUGGCCUUACUCAGUGACUCCUUUUUCAAGUGAGUCUCUGUAGUGUGGAGUUCUACUUACUUUUGCAAGUAAAUAUUGGAGUGAGAUAUUCUGUAUGUAUUCCUUAAGCCAGAGUUCUUAAAUGUAAUAGGUAAUUUUUUUUCCCUUUAGUCAGUAAAAUUUUUGUGUUUGUAUUUUGAAGUCUGUUGGCUUCAUGGCUGAAUUGAAGUGUAUUUCUAAUAUGCAAAUAGGUUUAGUUUUUAUAUAAUUUUGUAAUUAAUUUGUUAAGGAAAGAAACAUUGAAAAAUUACACUUUGGUAUUUGUUGGUUGUUUCCUACUGAUCUCCUGUGGCAAGUCCUGGAUAAGCCUUACCCAUUAUAUGCAUAUAUAUAUAUAUAUAUUCCACCUUUUGUUCUUAGAGAAAUCUUCGAUUUCAUUGGCCUGAAGAGCCUUAUUCCAUUUUUCUUGCCAAUAAACAUUUUCUAUAUAUUUGCAAGUAUGCAAAGUUCAUCGUAUAGUCUCACGUGAACUAUUAUUUUUAUCUUUUGUCCUUUGCUCUUUGUCACUGCUUCUGGCUGGGAUUUGGGCUAUAGAGUUUGCAUUAAGAAGAGAGACCUGUGAUAGGACAAUAAAAUCUAGAGUCGGAGAUGAUUCUUCUUGACUGUGUUAUGUCGACGUGAGUAGUGUUGUGAACUACAUUUUCUAGAAUCUAUUAUCCUUGUGGUUCUGUGAAUUCAUCAAAACAGGAAAUUUGGAAUGCAGACAUGAAAUGGGAUUAGGCAAGUUUUGGAGCCAUCUGUAUAGACAGAAGACAGACAGAAGCCAAGGGCCUUCUCAGACUUGUCCUUCCAGUCUGUUUUCCUCAUUCUUGCCCUGCUAAUCAAGAAUAUCCUCAAAACCAGGACGGUUUGAUUUCCAUUUGACCCAAGCUGUAGGCUUCUACAGUUGCCUCCAAAAUCCAACAUGAAGGAUCCAGCCCAGGUUGGACUUGUCUGCAUCCCCUCGUGUCUACCAGGCAACAAAUUUAGACUGUUGUGAUUGAGAAGAUUCUCUGUAGCACUACUCCCCUCUUCUCUAGAUGUAUUCCUAUGAAGUCUGAUUUGUAUAGUAGACAUCUUGUCCUGUUAAUACUGCUAGUGACCAUGUGUUACUGAUUCCACUAUGACAAUAACAUUGGUGCUGUCAAAAAAAGUUUGAGAGUUUGUUCCUUCAGUGAAGUGUGCAGUGACUGCUCUAAGUGCUUGCAUGUGAGAAUUGGCAUCGUCCUCAUGUCAGGCAGAUUCUGGAUGUUUCCUGUUGCUUAUAGUUGAGUGUAGUCCCUCAAUGUUUUCAGUUACUUUUGUAUGUGAUUCAAAGUAUGUGCAUUUUUUCUCUAAUGAAUGCUUCUGUAGUUUUUUCUUAGAAAACUUUUAUUAACUGCUUCAAGUACUUGUUUGCUAAGAAAUAUUAUAUUUCUCAUUUCCUGAGAAGAUAUAUUGAAAUUUCCCAUUGUAAUUAUGGAUUUUUAGAUCAACUUGUAAUUUUCUCCAUUUAAUCCUUAUACAUUCUGAGCCAGUAUUACCAUGUGUGUACAAAUUCAGAUAUUUUUCCUCAGGCAGAUUUUAUUUUUUAUUCUCAUAAAUUUUUAUACUUUAAUGAAUUUUUAUACCUUAUAACUUUAGUCAUGGGAUUAAUUUCUUAUUCAUUUGUAAUACCAAAAUUUAAAUCAUGUUUUUUUCAGUCCCCUCCUGCCAAAGGCCACCAGUGUCCCACCAGCAGUCAAAGAGAGGGGAGUAUAAAUUCUAGUAGAAGAGUUCCCCCCGAUCCAUGCAGGAUAUGUUCCAAGACCUUCAGUGGAUACCUGAAAAUGGAUAGUACUGAAGUCUAUAUACUGUGUUUUUAAAAUACAUUCAUGCCUAUGAUAAAGUUUAAUUUAUAAAUCAGGCACUAUAAAAGAUGCACAAUAACUAAUAAUAAAAUAGAACAAUUAUAACAAUAUUGUGUAAUACAUGUUAUGUGAAUGUGGUCUUUCUGAAAAGAUCUUAUUGUGCUGCACUCGGUCUUUUUGUGAUGAUGUGAGAUGCUAAAAUGCCUGUGUGAUGAGAUGAAGUGAGCUGAGUGACACAGGCAUUGUCAUGUAGUGUUCGGGUGCCGUUGACCUGAUGAUACAGCAGAAGAAGGCUCAUCUGCUUCAGGUGAUCUUGGAUCGAGCCAUGAUGAUGUUGACGGUUGGAUGUCAGGAGCAGAUGAUGUCAGUAGAUGGGGAUCAUCAAUAGUUGAAAGUUUUUUUGCUGAAACCUUUUGGAAGAAGAUAGUAAUCAGAAGUUGUCUUUUUUUUUUUUAACACCCAAAUGUUGCUGCAGAAAUGAUCAUUGUUCAGUGAUCAUAUGGGUGACUUUAAUGUUGUGUUCUAUCUGAGGAUUGUAUUACAUAAUCUUGUCCUUUAAUGUCUGUGAGAUUUGAAACCCUUGGGCAAAUUUCAGUAAUGUCCACAUUGCUGGUUUUGCUUGUUUCUUCUUUAUCUUCUUCUUCCUCUAUAGCCUACACAACAAAUUCUUCUAAUUCCUCCUUUGUUAAAACUUCUCAGUGGCCUUCAGCAUUUUCUUUCACUUUUUCAUCAAACAUAUCAGCAAAUCCUCCACCAACUUGUCUUGCUACAUAAAUGGUUUUCCUAACUUCUUUAUCAAUCCCCAGGAAGCUUUAAAAUCAUUCACAACUUCGUAAAUUCUCCCAGAAGGCAUGUACAGUUUCUAGUUUUAAUUCAUCCAUUGCAAUUUUGUGUCAGCAGUAGUGAACGAUUUCCAGCACUGAAUUCUGUCCAGAAAGGGGUCUGCAUCAAUUGAUGAUCAAAUGCCAAGUGGGUGUAUGUGGCCUUGACAAACCAAACGAUGCCUUGGUCAAUGAGCUGAAGCAAUGAGGUUGUAUUUGGAAGUAAAAAUACAACCUCAAAAUUUUCAUUUUCAUAGCAAACAGAUUCAGGAUGGCCAGGUGCAUUGGCUAUUAUUAAUAGGACUUUAAAUUCCAACCCUUCCUUUUCCAAAUAUUUUUUCACCUCUGGGAUGAAGCAUUGGGUUUUGACAGAUUCCUAUUUUCAGUGAUAUAAGAAAAAAAUAAAUCAUUAAAUAAAUUUGGGAUGUGCCUGAAGACUCUUUUUUUCUCCUCAGGUGUAUUGUAAUUGAUCAAUAAAAUAGUUCAUAUUUAAAGACUACAGUGUGAUGAUUUGAUAUACAUAUGCUUUGUUUUAUACUUGAAAUUUGCUAACACAGUGGAUUAAGCAUUCUCACCACACACAAAAGGUAACUGUGAGGUGAUGGAGGUGUUAAUUAACCUGGAAACUGUA